AUGAAAAUCGUUUCCUCGGUGAUGCGCAUCACUUUCAUGAACUUGGGAUACGCUUUGAGUGAUGGGGAAACGAAAAUCGCUGAUUUCACUCUGAAACACAUUGAUGAGUCUCAUGCUGACUACAAUCACAUUCUUCUCUAUGAAAAGUGCCUAUCUUUUCAUCCAAAAUAUCCAAAAUUUAAAGAUCUCUCGUUACUAGAGGUCGGCUGUGGACAAGGCGGUGGACUAGCUUGGUUGAAGAGAACUCGUCCCGAGCUCCAAGCACUUCGUGGUAUUGAUCCAGUUGUCGUGGACUCGAUUGGUGGAAUCAUUCGUAAAGGUUCGGCCGACUCGAUUCCCCUACAGUCAGCCUCGAUCGAUGUGGUGAUCAAUGUUGAGAGCAGUCAUUUGUACAAACAACCAGAAAAAUUCUUCCAAGAAGUCUAUCGAGUACUCAAACCGGGUGGCCAUCUUUGUUGGAUCGAUUUAAGACAUGACUAUCAGCUUGAUGAGCCCUAUAAACAAGCGGAAGCAGCCGGUUUUGAUUUGACGCAAUCGGAAGAUGUCACCGAUCAGGUGGUCGAGGGAAUUCGAAAAACCUCAGCGAAAUAUGAUGCAAUGUUGACCAAGGCUCCUUGGAUGGCCCGGUUAUUCGCCGGUUCGUUGCGGGAGACCUAUUGUGCACCAGGAACUCACUCUUUCAAUCGACUCUUCACUCGGCAAAAACUUUACCAUUGUGCUGCGUGGAGGAAAAAU